UGAGCCGGAAGCCCCGAGUGUGGCAGCAUCCGGGACGGCGGGCAGGCGGGCCAACCCGGACAGGAGGUGAGACCCGGGACCUGCCCAGCUCUGCAACCUCGGCCGGUGGCCGCUGCCCGGCACUGGGCUCUCGGCGCUGCAAGGCGGAGAGGCCCGGGUCUGGCGCCGCCUGCGCAGCCCUGGUCGCGGCCAGCGGUCCCCGCUGCGCGACAGGGGGCGGGGCCGGCUGCAGGGAAGGCCCAGGUGUCGGGGGAAGCCUCCCGGCUGGGCCGAGCAACACAGGCUGGAGCUCGGGCAGCAGCGACGGGGGCCAGCCCGCCGCGUGACCGGCUGCAGUCACGCUGUGCUUAAUCACACUUAGUCUUUGCUCCAGGCUGGCCGUGCUCACCAUUCUCCCAGCCGGUGACCCCGGGGGAUUUCUUUUAUGGUGGCUUUUUCUCUGAAAUGCCAAAGCAACCCGAUUAUUCAGAACUGAGUGACUCUUUAACGCUUGCCGUGGGAACAGGAAGAUUUUCGGGACCACUGCACAGAGCAUGGAGAAUGAUGAAUUUCCGUCAGCGGAUGGGAUGGAUCGGAGUGGGACUGUAUCUAUUAGCAAGUGCAGCAGCAUUUUACUACGUUUUUGAAAUCAAUGAGACUUACAACAGGCUGGCCUUGGAACACAUUCAACAGCACCCAGAGGAGCCCCUUGAAGGAACCACGUGGACACACUCCUUGAAAACUCGGUUACUCUCCCUGCCUUUUUGGUUCUGGACAAUUGUUUUUCUGAUACCUUACUUACAGAUGUUUUUAUUCCUUUACUCUUGUACAAGAGCUGACCCCAAAACGGUGGGCUACUGUAUCAUUCCCAUAUGCUUGGCAGUUAUAUGCAAUCGCCACCAAGCAUUUGUCAAGGCUUCUAAUCAGAUCAGCAGACUACAACUGAUUGACACAUAAAAUCUGUCAUCAUUUUUUCCUUACAAGUACAAAACUGCCAGUACGAUAUGGAGCCUGAUCACAAGACUGCAGUUUCUUCACAGAUCUCAGGAAGUUGUGGUGGGGCAGAAGCUUUUUAAAGAAUGUGGCUAGGGGGCUAACUUUAUCUGAAUAAUGAAUUUUUAGGUGAAGACUGAGAAUCAGUACUACAAAAUCAUGUGGAUGACUUCAGAUUUUGGAAGUAAAAUUUUAUCUGUUAUUUGCAUUCCUUAGAAACUUGAAUAAGUACCUGGACUCAUAUUUUUAUUUUACUGUGCAACAUAGUGAUAAUUCAGAAAAUUUUCCUUUGGGGAAAAAUGAAUAUGAACAUUUCCAUUGUGCUUAAUGUAAAAAGGUCCAAACAUGGUCAUAAAAUUUAAAUUUUAUACAA